UGAGUCCAAGGAGGGCACGAGAAACUAGUUUCUAACAUGCUGCUAAGCGUGUUUCUUUCUUUCUCUUCUCUUCCUAAGACUGCUUUACUCGUGCGCAUUGUUUUUCCUAAAAUGCGGUGAGCCAGCAGCAGUGUCUUCUACUUUCCGCACAGGUGAUUUUUCUUUGCUUGCUUUUUAAGCUCCUUUCUCUGAAUGAAUAUAGAUUAAAAGAGGGAUGGGACGAGGGGUGGCCAGCACUAAGGGGAACUGCAUAGCACCAAGAGUGACUCACGUCUGUGUUGCUGGUAGUUUCUGAGUUCAGGUCCUGGGCGCUGGGAGGAGACAGCUGCCUGCAGAGUGGUUAGACGGUUCAAGACCUGGAGACUGGCUUUGAGCAACCCUAGGAUUACCUUGGCUUGAAUUCCAUCCAAUACGUCUCUUUCUUCAUAUAUUGGCCGCCAUUGUGAAGUCCAUCAGAUGAUCGGGAACUACAUGUGGGACCCCACCACCAACAAGUCCUUUGACAUUGGCGUCAACAAAGACAGCCUAAUGCCUCUCUGGUGGAAUGGAUCAGAACCUCUGUGGGUCACUCUGACCAAGGCCAAAAGGAAGGUCUACAUGUACUACUGGCCAGGCUGUGAGGUUGAGAUUCUGGGUGUCAGACCCACCUACUGCCUAGAAUAUAAAAAUGUCCCAACGGAUAUCAAUUUUGCCAAUGCAGUCAGCGAUGCUCUUGACUCCUUCAAGAGUGGCCGGGCCGACCUGGCAGCCAUAUACCAUGAGCGCAUUGACGUGGAAGGCCACCACUACGGGCCUGCAUCCCCGCAGAGGAAAGAUGCCCUCAAGGCUGUAGACACUGUCCUGAAGUACAUGACCAAGUGGAUCCAGGAGCGGGGCCUGCAGGACCGCCUGAACGUCAUUAUUUUCUCGGAUCAUGGAAUGACCGACAUUUUCUGGAUGGACAAAGUGAUUGAGCUGAAUAAGUACAUCAGCCUGAAUGACCUGCAGCAAGUGAAGGACCGCGGGCCUGUUGUGAGCCUUUGGCCGGCCCCUGGGAAACACUCUGAGAUAUAUGACAAACUGAGCACAGUGGAACACAUGACUGUCUACGAGAAAGAAGCCAUCCCAAGCAGGUUCUAUUACAAGAAAGGGAAGUUUGUCUCUCCUUUGACUUUAGUGGCUGAUGAAGGCUGGUUCAUAACUGAGAAUCGAGAGAUGCUUCCGUUUUGGAUGAACAGCACCGGCAGGCGGGAAGGUUGGCAGCGUGGAUGGCACGGCUACGACAACGAGCUCAUGGACAUGCGGGGCAUCUUCCUGGCCUUCGGACCUGAUUUCAAAUCCAACUUCAGAGCUGCUCCUAUCAGGUCGGUGGACGUCUACAAUGUCAUGUGCAACGUGGUGGGCAUCACCCCGCUGCCCAACAACGGAUCCUGGUCCAGGGUGAUGUGCAUGCUGAAGGGCCACGCUGGCACUGCCCCGCCUGUCUGGCCCAGCCACUGUGCCCUGGCACUGAUUCUUCUCUUCCUGCUUGCAUAACUGAUCGUAUUGCUUGUCUCAAAAAAAACACCAUCAGCAAAGUGGGCCUCCAAAGCCAGAUGAUUCUCAUUUUAUGUGUGAAUAAUAGCUUCAUUAACACAAUCAAGGCCAUGCACAUUGUAAAUACAUUAUUCUUGGAUAAUUCUAUACAUAAAAGUUCCCACUUGUUAAAAAAGAUACAAACCUUGUUUUUCCAGAAGGUAGGAAAAUCCUAGCUUUCCAUUUGUUCAGUUAUAUGUCAUUUUCUCCUUUCUUUUCACGUUACUCAGGAUGAACUCUCUGAGCAGGGACCUGCUCCUGCAGCAACCAAACUUGGAGUGGUUAUUGCAGACAGACGUGGCUCUGGGCCCCUCUCUGUCCCACCUUGCACAAAGGACCCCCUCAGACCAGGCCCUUGUCUGUGCCCUGUCCACACCCAGGAGCCAUCCUCAGUGUCUGUGGCCACAAUCCUGUACUGUUCUUUCCAUCCCUGAUAAAAGGAGGUCUACAUGAAAGCAAAAGCUACUGUCUAUUUCUGACCCAGCUCAUGGAAUUUUUUCAUCUUAUACUGAGCUCCAGAAAGGACGUAACUUAGCAUGGAUCACCAAUCAAUCAAAAAAUAAAUAAAUCACUAAGGAUUGGAGAACUCAUAGAACAAGGUGAAAGACAUGAGUGCCCUCCCAAAGUCUGAGUGCACGAAAAUUUCUCUCUUGCCUUGAGGAGCAGAAAAGCUUCUGAUGGACAUGGGCUUCUGUGAGACUUAUCACACAUAGUACAUCAUGGCAUGAAGCCCGGCACAUAGCAGGCCCUGCAUGUUGAUGGACAGAUGGAUGGCCUGCCUGCCUUCCCUGUCCAUUCACCUGUGCAAAGGCUUCCUCAGACACGCCACUCUGUGGCUCCCAAUAUAGGGUGCAGACAAGAGCAAUCCCUGACAUGACAUUAUAGCCUGGGAAAGGGCUGGCUCACUGAUGGGAAUGUGGAGGCAUCAGCAAGGAUCUCGGUGGAUUGCUCAGAGAGGUGAUGUACUAAGCCUUAAUCCUGGACACCAGUACCCCUGCAGCAUGGCUUACUCAACAACAGUCUUUGAGUGGCAUAGAAUUCCAAAGAAAAUGGUGCUGGGUGGAGAAUGGAGAGAGCAUGAUGGAGCAGAGUCCCAGUCACUGACCAACUAACUGGUCGUUUGAUUAGGAAACAGUUUGGCCAAAGUACCACCUUUGAGACCUAAGUUCUUUUGAUACCUUUGAGAAGAGCCACUGAGCCUGAGUUGAAAUAUUUUUAGCUUAGUCAUCUGUGUUUGCUAUAGGAGAAAUUGUAACACAAGAAAUAACUCCUUUUUACAUGAUCAUUUAUAUCUCUCUACAUAUAUAUACUUGCAUACACUAUCACUGCAUUAAAAAAUGAGUAUGGGCUGGGCAUGGUGGCUCACACCUGUAAUCCCAACACUUUCGGAGGCCAAGGAGGGACAAACGAACCCUUGAGGCCAGGAGUUCCAGACUAGCUUGGGCAACACAGGGCGACCCCCAUCUCUACAAAACAUAAAAGAUUUUUAAAAAAUUAGCCAGGCAUGGUGGCACAUGCCUGCGGUCUCAGCUACUUGGGAGGCUGAGGCAGGAGAAUCAUUUGAGCCCAGGAGGUCAAGGCUGCAGUGAGCUUUGAUCACACCACUGCACUCCAGCCUGGGCAACAGAGCAAGACCCCAUCCUCCACCCCCCCAAAAAAAAAGAAAGAAAAAAAAAGUUUGCACUAAUUGAGGUACAUCUGCAAGUGAGACUUUUUGUCAGGAAAAGGCGAUAUAUCAGGUCUCCUCAGGACGAUGGAGGCCUUAUAUGGUGUGUUACCUUGAAAACUGAAUAUCAACGUUCACCUUGAUUCAGGAAAGCUGGGUGCUGUCUCCAUGCCAUGAAUCAUGAGAGCAAAGGAUCACUGCUUAAAAAUACUGAAUUUACCUUCACAAAAGAUUUCUAAAGAUUUAUGUAAUGUGUUUUAAAAGCGCCAGUAAACCAUCGGAUCAAUUGGAAAGAAGGCAACUCUUCAGCCUUUGUUAUCUAGCUGAAAACAAAUGACAACUUUCAAAACAUUGGCAGUAGUUGUUGAAAAAGACGUCUAUUGUUCAAAGUUUCUUUCUCCUUAAAGGACGGUGUUCCAAUGAAUUCAGUAGAGCCCACUUUCCUCCACUGUGGAGGAAGAAUCCCUAAGAGAUACUCAAAUGAUUAAAUUAAAAGUGGAUCAUCAAAUUCAAGAGAGGCAUAAACUUAGACACAGUCUUGCAUUUUUGUCUUUCCUGAGCUCUUCUGCCAUUUUCCUCCUUCACUUGUCCUGAAAAUCUGGAAGUUACAUAAUAAAACUUUAGAUAUUUGUCUGACAAAGUGUAAUUACUCAACUGAAUAAAUGACUGAGAACAAGUUACAAAAGGAAUCAUGAAUCCUGGUAAACAAUAAAGAAGAUUCAGACACCGAGGGAAAAAAAUAAAGCUUUUUACUUAAAUAAUGCA